AUGCUGGGGCAGCCCUGGAGCCAUUGGGUCGAUGCUGCUAAACUUCACGGGAACGACGGAGCAGCCUUAGAAGAAAAUUUCAAGGAGUAUGGUAAAAACCGAGAAGCGAUGCGACUUUGUAGGGAAGAUGAUUGAGGAGACCUAAACGAAAAGGAGUUAAUGACUCAAAAUAACAAAGACAUUAAGGACCUUAUCCUGGAAGUGCACAAAGACAUGAUGGAAAUAUUGGAUCGUAUAGAUAGAAGGCUGGAAAAUUGUAUACAAGAGAUGAAGAGCAAAGAUCAGGACAAGUAGGAAAAAAUGGAAUUAUCAACUGGAAUAGAAGGGGAAAUAGAACUGAGAAACCAGCAAAGAUAACAAGGAGGAGACACUAUUAAAAUUAAUAAGAAUUGAAGAAUUAAAACCGGGGAGGGGUUCUCAAUUGUGAAGAAAAAUACAUGUUCUUCUGUGGCUGAAACAAGCAUGAUAUUUCCAAGUCAGCCUUUUACUCCUUAAAUGAAGUUUGGUUUUAAUCUAUUAUGAAUUUACUGGAAUAAAUGUUAUUACCCAACCUAAUGUAAUGAUAGCAACUUUAAGCUUAAGAUUCCAUGGGAGGCUAUAGAGGGUUUAUGAUAAGGAUCAUAACUUAUGCUUUCUUGGAGUUCUGACUAAAGUGAACAGUUCUAUGAGACAAACAUUUGGAAGUGUGAGGUAUGUGAAAUACUUAUUUAUGGAACAAUAAUACACUAGUAUAGUUCAAAGUGCUUGGCAUGUGUAGUUAUAAGAUUUUAACCCUCUAAAAUAGAUUAAGUCUAUAAGCUAAAAAUACACGUUUAACAGUAUUAAAAAUUAGAUAUCUGCUUUAAACUGAUGCUGCAGCUACUGAAUGGAUUACAGUGGUUUAAUUUAGAAAAUAUACUUGUGCAUGGAGAAGUUCAAAAACCGCGCUCAAUUUUUAUGUGGUACUAGGUAUCACAUGAGGUAAUUUAAAAUAGGGCUGUUAGUGUAACAGACUCUAGCUAUAGAUGAUAAAGGAAUUUGAUAUUUGAUAAUAUAUUUGAUAAUUAAGAGAUAUGACUGGUAGUUGUUUACUUAGAAGAAGAUAAUUACUUAUUAGACUGGUAUUUUAAGAAGUCCUCAAACUUUCUUACAGUGUCAAGGAUACUGAUGAUACUGGGAGAUAAGAGUUCUUGGACUCUUAACGCAAACUAAAAUAUUGGGCAUAGUUUAAAAACAGCUGAUGCUUAGGUUUAAUUGACUAAUUUAGAGGAUGGGCUCUAUAGAAAGCAUUGUACUGACAACAAAAGUAGUUGAGUUGAAAUAUUUUAUUUCAGGCUUCUCUCUUACCCUUUGUUUAUUUGAAAGGAGCUGGUUAUUAAUCAGACGCAGGAUUUCCAGAAAGCUCUUUAAAUUUUCCUGUUAUUCCAUCUAAAAGUGACCCCCCCCCAAAAAAAAAAGUACUAGGAAGUACUUUUAAAUGUGGUUGAGGGCUAACUGAUGUUGAAAAUAGUUCCAUCAUUUGGCUUUAGUGCUUUCAGAUUUUUUAAAAAAUCUCAAAAAUACUCUAACUAAACUUGCUUAAAUGUUGUAUUUCAUUCUGCUGUCAUCAGUGGUUUCUCAAUGGAUUUGUUCAUUAAUUAAUUGUAAAUAGUUCACAGCCUCUAACUUUGCUGUAAAUUAAUCAUGCAUAAUAACCAACAACAGCAAAGAAAAUCUUCUGAAAGAUUUGAUCCAGGAUGAAAAUAUGAACAAGCUGAGCUAUGGAAGUCUUGUUCUGGUGUCUGGAACUGAUAGCAAGAGGACUGAAUUUGCCUAAACAAGAAAGAGUUAAUUGUUAACACCGUGGGAAUCAAGAUUGUUUCUCAAUGGGGUGCCACUGCCCCUGAGAGAGCAUCGACUAGGGCUGAUUAGGCAGGUGGAGGCAGUGGCCAAGCAGGCUUUUGUCCAGCUUUAAUUGGUGUGCCAGUUGCAUUCCUACCUGGAAGACAGAGUUCAUACAACAGUGGCUCAUGCCCUCAUCUCAGCUGGAAUACUGCAACACAUUCUACAUUCUGUCUUUGAAGACCCACCUGGGAAUUCAGUAUACAUGCCAGAGGAGUCAGGAUAUGCCAAUAUUUGGUCUUUGCCCAGCUCAUGAUGAUUUCUAUUUGGUGAUGUGUAACCACUGUAAUCAGGUCGUAAAACCACAGGCAUUUCAAUCACAUUAUGAAAGAAGACACAGCUCCUCCAGCAAACCACCUCUGACACCUCCUUCCUCUUCAGUAUUCUCCUUGUAUUCAUCUCUGUCUUCAAAAAAUAAAGGUAGCAGCGGAGGAGGGAGCAAUCGCUCAUCCAGUGGUGGAGGGGCAGGUGCAUCCAGUGGUGGAGGGGCAGGUGCAUCCACUUCAAAAUUAUUGAAAUCACCCAAAGACAAGCUGCCAAUUGGUGGAAACAAUAGGCCAAUGCAUCUAAUCCAUAGCAAAGGUCUCCAUGACAAAAUCAUGACUCCAUCUGUCAAAAUGGAAAAAAUACAUCCAAAGUUAGAUGGUGCAUUACUGAAGCCUGCUGUUGGUCCAACCUGUUCUACUACUGUGAGCUCCUCAAUAAAGACUGGCCUUAAUCCCUCAAUACCAAAGCCACCCUUGCCUUCCCCUGGACAGAUACUGAAUGGUAAAAGUCUUCUCUCUGUGCCUCCAUAUACAGAAAAGAAACAAGACGAGAGUACAAAUAAUAGGAAAUUUUUACACAAAAGACUGUCAGAGAGAGAAUUUGAUCCUGAUAUCUACUGCGGAGUCAUUGACACAGAAACCAAGAAACCCUGUACCAGGUCGUUAACAUGCAAGACACAUUCCCUAACUCAGCGAAGAGCUGUACAGGGUCGGAGGAAACGAUUUGAUUUACUACUAGCUGAGCACAAAAGCAAAACCAGGGAAAAAGAAUUACUCCGCCAUUUGGAUCAUCAUCAGCAGAUGCCCCUUCUCAGGGAACCACAUCCCUCACCUUCAAGGACUUCCCAGGAGCUGCACCAAAAUUCUCAUGGAGUUAUUCCUACAGAAUCAAAGCCUUUAGUACCUAAUAAACCCAAACCUCACACCCCCAGUCUUCCAAGGCCUCCAGGCUGUCCUGGCCAGCACAGUGGGAAUGCCCCAAGUGAGUCUCCAUCACUCCAUGAAUCUCCACAUGCUCCCUUGCCUGCAGCUGAGCCAACAUCUCGGUUAUCCAGUGAUGAGGGAGAAUGUGAUGAAAAAGAAGAGCCUGUUGAAAAACUGGAUUGUCUUUACUCGGAUCAUCAUCCUCAAGCAGCUGCUUUUUGCACAUUUGGUAGUCGACAAAUCGGAAGAGGUUACUACGUGUUUGAUAAGCGGUGGAACCAUAUCCGAUGUGCACUUAAUGUCAUGGUGGACAAACAUCUUAAUUCACAGAUGUGGAAGAAGAUUCCUCCCGCGACAAGCAACUCAGCAUCCAUCCGUGCUCCCCACCGGACAAGUGCCAUGCCCGCGUCACAGUACGGUGUCAGCACGACCAGUUCCACGUUACCCACAACCGCUGUGUCCCCUCCAGUGCUUGUCUCUCCCUCUUGUUUAUCUCUUAGUGGCAAAUCAGUACCAUCCCAUGGAACUACGCUCAAUGCCAACCCUGCUAGUUUUGGUGCCGCAGAACCCGCCUGCAGUAUGCAAUCGAGACAAGGGUCUACAUCCCUUUCAACACCUCCAGUGCUUUCCUCAAUACCUUCACCUCUGUCCAGCAAACCUCAGAAAUUUAAAUCCAGCAAGUCUUUUAAGCCUAAGGAAAUUUCUGCUAGCAGCGCCAACUGUAACAGUAACAGUAGUAGUAGCAACAGCGGUAGCGGCAGCUCAGGAAAGAAGCGUAAGAACAGUUCCGCGCUGCCGGCAGCUUCUUCUCAUUCCACGGAGUCCUUUAGGAAAAACUGCGUCGUGAACUCUGGAAACUCGGGGGCUUCUUUUCAUUCUCCUGUGAUGUCUUCAUCCCACAGUGUUGGCCUCAACUGUAUGACUAGUAAAGCGAACUCGCUUAGCCUCAAGCAUGACCAAUCAGGGAGGGGGCCUCCCACGGGGAGCCCCGCAGAAUCGAUAAAACGGAUGAGCGUGAUGGUGAACAGCGGUGAUUCUACCCUCUCGCUGGGACCGUUCAUUCACCAGUCCAGCGAACUGACUGUAAACUCGCACGGCGGGUUUUCACACUCGCAUCCUUCCCUCGAUAAACUCAUAGGAAAAAAAAGAAAGGGCGGGCCUGGUUCAAGUAGCUUAAGCAGCAGCAGCAGCAGCAGCAGCAGCAAAGCAAGCAAGAUUGCCAAAUUGCCACCGGUGAACAACAUUCACACAAAACACACCGGUGCAAUCCCAGGGACACAAGGAUUGAUGAACAAUUCUAUUCUUCAUCAGCCAAAGGCACGUCCCUAGCAGUUGACAGUACCAUGACAGAACUGGAUUAUUUUCACUACAAGCAGAAAAAAAAUAUAUCUCCAUCUGGAAAUUCUGGACUCCCUGAUGCCUUUUGAGUUCUCCCAGCUUCCCACAGUUCUCAGGUGUGGAAAUCUACUAGUCUGUCACUCAAUCAAGGAGAAUCCCUGAAGCCAUGUCUGUAGAAACAGAAUUGGAAAUGGACACUGGAUUGCCGUUCAGCCACAGGAUUAUUCCUAUCAGUGUUACCAGUGGUCUGGACUGCUUGCUACACAUCCCUGUGAAAGUUUUAUUUACAGGAGUACAUCAUUUUUGCCACUAAUUCAAACAAGAUUGGUUGGGCAAAGCAGUGUUUGGGAAAGAAUAUUUACUAUGGACUUGUGUUUUCUUUUCUUUACUGAUAGUGUCAUAGGUCUAAUUAACCGCUCUUUUGGCACUGUCCUAGUGGAAACCCUUCCAGAAGGGGGCACAAAUGUGUUAGGCACAAUAAAACAGACAGAAAAGCCCUCCAGAAGGGAAUAUGGCUUUAGUGUUUUAUAGCAAUGUUCCUUGAUUGGAAUACAAAAUAAAAAUAAAAAUAGCACAAUUUAGAAAUGAAAGUCUACAUUUUGCCCAGCCUUUUAUAAGUAAUUUGGGAUAAGAAGCUGACAGGAGUUCUUAAAACAAAACACAAGUUUGGGGUCAUCACUCAAAAACGAAAAAGCAUAUUUAAAUUGUGAAACCACAUGGUACAGAACAAUUUCUAAUGGGAGUUGUCCACCAAGCGUAACUGCCUCAUCUCCUUCAUUCCUUCCAGUGGAUGUUGUGUAGGGCUCCUAUACGAGACCCACUGAAACGAAUGAAGGUUGCGCAAUGGCGUUCUUUGGAGGAGGAUGGUACCUACUUGAUUCUGAAAUAAAAUUGCUUUGAUUCUGAUACACAGACCGAUGCAAAACUCUUGAAUCCAAAAGGGUGAAUGACCUCUAAAACUUAUUCCCAAAGAAUAUAUUCUUGACCUAUACUGUAUGCCAUACGCCUUUGUUGUUUUGGGGAGAUGUGGGUGGGGAAGGAUGAAAAAAUGAAACCAAAAAGAAAAAAAAACCUUAAAAAAAACCUAAAUUGCAAUCAUCUGUAACACUAAAUUUUCUGUGCUAUUUUUCUUGAAAGAUUUUUUCCAGCAAGUUGAUAACUUUGUUCACACAACCAAAUCACCUGUUUCUGAAGUCCACCUUCAGAUUUUUUUCUGAUGACUGCAUUAAGUGCCAGUUCAGGUUCUGAGCUCAGUAUUAAAUUUACCCCUUGCAUUACCAGUUUAUAACAGGGGGAGAGGGGAAAUGAGUCAUUCGGUCCCCACUGAUACCUUUUUCUUUUAAGCAAAGGGGGGGGGGAGUUGGAAGGGCUUUAACACUACUAUGUGAUCUGGUUGAUUGUAAGAGUAGUGAACCUUGAAAAACAACCUAGAAUUUUAACGCAUUUUGUUUGAAAGGGAGAGGAAACGAUCAAUCCAAACCAUAGGAUAUAAUCCAUGGAGAAUUUUCCUUCUGCAAUUCUAUAAAAAAUGCACUUCCUGUCCUUUUGUAAUAGGGUGUAUUUUGGAGUAUCGAUUCAGACAGUCAUUUCCUCCCCAGUGAGAGCUUUACUUUUGCAAUCGCAUUCAACGGGGCCAGAUUUUUUGGCAUGUUGCAUUUUCACAUCUUCUCGGAGAUGCACCUGCAAAUCUGUUGGAUUUGUGGACUCCCAACACCCAACCUUCCAGGCAGUUCAAUUCCAUCUCAUGCCUGUCACUUGAGAACCACAUAGUCAAAAAAGUUAACCCUUACUGAAGGAGGAAACGGAUCAUCUGAAUCUACCCGCAACAGGGCUUGUGAAGAUGUUCUCAAUGAAAUACGCCUGUAGACUUCUGCCUUAAAUGGGCACCAGAUUUUGCUGAGAUUAGACAAUCUGAGCCUAUCUAAUUCACACAGCCCAGCCUCUCUCUCCCUACUUACGGUGGUGCAUUGCACAUCAGGGAUUCUAAAGCCACCACGAGCAGUAGAUGCUUGGGGUCUUUUUUUUGUUGUUGUUGUUGUCGUCCUUGGUUGAUUUUUACCUGUUGAGAUUUUCAAAUCAACAUGAAAUUUGCUAGUGAAUUAUUUAAAAAACACAGUGAAGAAACAAGACUCUAUGCAGACAACUCUAAAGCCUUGAAUUCACAAAAAGAUCAUGUUGGGGUGGGUUUUUUUUAAAAGCAAAGGAAUAAUAUUAUGGACACUGAUGAUUAUGCAAAUAUUAAAAGUGACUGCAUUUCUGGAGAAAGGGGAAUUUUAAACAACCCUUCGGUAGAUAGAGAAUAUUGUAAAAAUGUGAAGACCUUUUAAUUGGCUUAUUUGGAAAGUGGGAAGGAACAACCAAAGUAAUGUAUCUGCCUGGCAGAGAAAGUAGACAUAGGUUCCAUCCCACGUGUUAGGUAUUGUCAAUCACAAGUGCAAUUUGGUUUUUACCUUUGAAAGCUGACCUUUUCCAUGAGUUAAAUCUUAGUGGCUUUAAGUACUUCAAAAUAUACUUCUUUUAUAAAUAUUCUGUUACUCUGAGCAUAUCAAAGCAAGUCCCAAACUCCUUAAAACAUGCAGAUCUCUGUGGAAAGUUCAACAGUGUUUAAUUUAAAUAGGUUGCACAGCUAUGGACCCAAUUCCCACUGCGAAUGCCUGCGCUGCAAGCUAUGUUGAAAGCACUGGGAACUUCACACAAACACAGCCAUGUUGUUGCACAGAGCUCGCCCAGUGCAUUCGGUAAGGCUUAAAUGCAUAGAAGGCAUUCUAAGGUGGAAUUACGUCUUGCAUCUGGCUCUUAAGGCAUAUAGUUUUAUAAUUUGCUAUGAAUAGAAACAGAAGAUGUUAAUUUAUGCCUGCCCUCAAAGUGUAGACUUGCUUAACUAUUAGGCAAACAAUAUUCCAUUUUUGGGAGCUUAGUAAUGAAUGGAGUAAUUGUUUUUGAAUCUUUUAUUGUCUGACAACAUUCUCAUUGUAAAUAAUUAAGGAACUUUCAAAUUUAAUUUAUCUUGCAAAAUUUGCAGUGACUGGGUUGUUAGAAUGAUUUUAAUUUAAGAGAUACGAUUUUUAUAGACUUCCCUGCUUCUCAUUAUGACUCCUGCAGUUUUCUUAACCUAAAAAAAUAAUAAUAAAAAAUGUUGCAAUGGUGAACAAAGAAAUAUACAAAAAAAAAUAAUGAAACCCAUAAUUUUGUACUUUUAUUUUGGAAUUUCUUGUUCUAUUAUAAAUAUUGAAGUAUCCCUAUUUCAGAAGACAUAUUUUGUUAAUUGAUUGUACAUAUUUAAAUAUGUAUUUUUGCACAGGUCGUUUUUUUUCUUAUAUCCAGUUUUGGUACAAUUGAAAAUCAUCUAGUAUUUAUUAAUUAAAAAAGGAAAAAAAAGCAAAUACCCUUUUUUUUAAUAAUUUGAAGUGGUUCACUGCCAAGCCAAUAGCUAACAUGCCUACUUUGCAGUUUUUAAGGGAUGCCUCUGUCUUGGGAAUGAGGAGGGGGGGCAUUCUAUCCCUUAUCUUGGGAAUUGCUCCGUAAGAGUGAAAGUCCUGUGUGUCGUUCCCCCCCCUCCCCCCAGCUUCUUGGAUUCUUAGCAGCAAGGCGAGGUUGGUCGCAUCGGGUGGCAUGUUGUUGACCUACUCUGGUAUAUACAGCAUAGCUUAACAAUUGCCUGAUUUCCAGAAGACUACAUUUAGUUGUGACACACUGCUUUUAUUUUUUAUUUUCAUUUUAGCAUUUGUGUGUAUGUGUAUGUGCACACCUCUGUGUCCGCAUACGUGCCCACAGGUGUGAGUCUUUAUAUGGUUUAAAAACUAAUGGAAAAACUGAAAGUGCCUGAUUUAUAUAUCUAGAUUUUAAGCUUGGACUGUUCUUUAGACAGCUUCUCCUUUAAAGACUUGAAUGUUCUGUUUAAAAAAGAUGAAAAGAAAAAAAAGUUGAGCUUGCUUUUCCCACCUCCAUGUGACUUUUCCAUUAAUGAGGAAGAGAGGAUGCAGGGGAAUGAGAAUAAAACUUGCAAAUGAUCCAACCGAAAUACAGUCCUCGGUUCCGUAAACAAUGCCAAGGGGUUUUUUCUGCACAUAGGUAGGUUUUCAAAGACGUGAAUUCAGAGAGCCGUAGUUCUGUUGUAAUCAGAUAGAACUUUUUUUUUAAGGAUACAGAUUGUUGACAUUUUGUAUUACUAAAAAAAAAGUUUACCUCUCAAAGCAAUUUUACAAGCUACCUACACAAGCCACUACCAUUGUCCUACACACAAUCCUCACCGAAAUGAACGGGGAGAGUUUGGCAGCGGUUCAAAUCCCGGUUCAUUUCAGUGAAGACUUCUUGCCCCGUCCCCCCCGCCCGCCCCCCACCCCCCAGUGAGCUUGUGCUCAAUUGUGUGAUAUUUUUUUUUCCAACCAUUUUCCGGUAAGUCGUCUUCCGGCAAGAGUUAUUAUUGCCAAGUAUCCUUUUUUUUUUUGGUCUCUGUCUUUUGGGGAUUGGUAAUUGUAAAGUGAAGGGGAUUGGACUUGAAGAUUGUUCUGCUUUCCUUCAGCAGAAAACCUAUGUUAAAUGCUUUGUGCAAAAUACUCUUUUUAUGAAAGGUGUUUAUUAUUAUUAUUUUUUAAUGAGCACUACAUAAUGUCAAUGAGAAUGUAGGCCAUGGAAGCUUCUUGCUUUGGAGUUGAGCCUAGCUCCAUAGAGAGGGUGGGGGAAAAGCAAUCUCCUGUGUAAAAUGUGUGGAUAGUUUGAUAAUUUGUAUACAUAUUCAAGAGCAUCUGCUCGGAGCUGAACUUUUUGUGUUGGCUGCUGUAUAGUACAUGAACAAAUGUCAUGGGGUAGAAAAAAUUACUUUGGAUAUUUAAAAGAAGAAAAUAUAUAGUCUAUUUGUUUUGUAACAGGUUUCUGUAAAUAAAAUAAUUUAUACUAUUUAUAAAAAAAAA